AAAAGGAAGCGACUGAAGCAGCUGUACCAUUGUGUGUCACGCGUCCAAUGCAAGUCCUCGUUUGCUGGUUUUCUACGUUCAUUGACGGGGGAUGAACUCCUGAGGAGCGAAUGAAGAAACAAAUUUUGCUUUUAUUCACAUUCAGAGGACUAGUGAGUAAAGGUAAAAAGGGCAAAAAGAGAAAAUGGCCAAUUUUAUAUUACGGAAAGCCGAACCCAACGAUGUACCCGAUAUCCUGCGACUCAUAAAGGAACUUGCUAAAUUUGAGGAGAUGGAGGAGAAGGUGUUGUUGACUGAGAAAGAAUUACUUGAAGACGGCUUUGGGGAUCAUCCGUUCUACCACUGCCUUGUUGCGGAAGUCCCAAAAGAGCAGAGCUCCGAAGGUUACACAGUGAUAGCCUUUGCCAUGUACUACUUCACAUAUGACCCUUGGAUUGGAAAACUCCUCUACCUUGAGGACUUCUAUGUAAUGCAGGAGUGUCGUGGUCUUGGCAUUGGUUCAAAAAUCCUGAAGGUCCUGAGUGAGACGGCAGUAAAGACUCGCUGUAGUGGCAUGCACUUCAUCGUGGCAGAAAACAACACAAAGUCCAUCGAGUUUUACAAGCGUAGAGGGGCAGCUGAUCUUUCCUCUGAGGAAGGCUGGCGUCUGUUUGAGAUUGAAAAGGAGGACCUGCUUAAAAUGACUUCCAAAUAAAGUUUACUGUUUCUGUGCUCGUACUGUUGAUGAUAGCUACAUUAUGUUUACUUGGUCAGUGAUUGGACAGUCUUCAGAACUGCGUACCUUUAAUAAUGAAAUGGCUUUCAAAUAAUCUGAUAUUUAGAAAGACCCCUAAUGAUGAAAGAUGAACACUGACGUUUAGGAAUUAUGAUGCUAACACUGCUUCUGUAUUGUGUUUCAUUUCAAUCAUAUUAACGUGUUGUUAUUAAACUCUUAUUAAAAAGUUGAGAAAAAGCA